AUGCCCGCGGACGGCGUGUCGCUCACGGACGCGCGGCGGCUCCUCUCGGCGGAGGAGCUGCUCCGCCUCGCCGCCCUCUUCGUCCGCGCCGGAGCGUGGGUGCUCGAGGAGCUCAACCGGCGCAUCGACCGGUUCACCUACCGGCCAGAGUCCGCCAACCUGAACGACAUCAUCGCGUCGUCUCUCAACGGCGCCCCCACGUUUGCGGCCGGCGUCGAGUUCUACGAGGCCCGCUUCAAGAAAGACAAGGGGUCGCAGGAGGCAGCCAAGCGGAUGCAGGACGGCCGAUAUCGACGCGCAUGCGCAGCCGCGCGCGAAUCCUACCCUACCAACCCGGCGCCCGGCGCGUCGCUGCUUCUCGCCCCCGAGUGGCUCUUCUCUCACUUUCCGUACGGCAUCUUCUUCCCGGCGUACCGCCGGCUGUGCAUGCCUGGCGACCCGCACAGGUUCCGCGUGCCGACGGUGAUGGUGCACAUGGCGGGGCUGCGGAACGGGCAGUGGGGGCGGCGCGGCGUGAUGCGCGCGUUUGGCGUGUGGCAUGAGGAGGCGGACAAGGUGUGA